CACCGCGGUCGGCAACAACAUGCUAGGGAUAGCAUUCCGACGUCUCUACUCGACGGGGCGGGUGACGCCUAAAACAGGCAUCGCCAUUCAAUCGGCAACGGCAACAACUACUGCUCCCUCUGGCCCAAAAAAAGUCAAAGUCAAGCGACCAUCGUCAGCUAUGCCUGAAGCUGCCCUAGUCGCCCGGACAGCAUCUACUCCCAUCGCUGUUCGAGCCCGUCGCGAGAAAAAGUCCGGUCGAGUCGUCAAGCGAGGCGAAACCGACGCAACACCCCUUGGACUCACACCGAGCGACCACGCUCGCUACCUCCGUCGCAAAGCACAGGGCUUACUUUCUCACAAGGAUGGAGAUGAGUCGGAAAGGAAGUGGCAUGAGAGACAGAACAAGCAACGGUCGCGGAUUCGUGGUAUGAGGACGAUCACUCGCGACGGGAAGCAAGAAGUCGAGGUCGUUGGGCAGACCAUCUACCUUCCUAAUGUCAUUUUUCGACUUGUACGGAACAAUACACCUCCAGGAGAGCCUUACAAUCCCUACGAAGCCACCUUCCGCAUCCCACCCUCCAUCACAAAGACCGACAUUCGUUCCUACCUCCUCGCUGUUUACGGCGUGAAGACUACAUACAUCCGAACCGACAUCUAUCGCCCUACCAUUCCCCGUCGCGGAGCACCACAAACCAAGACAUCUUACAAACGGGCCGUAGUUGGGCUUGUAGAUCCCUUUUACUACCCUCAUCGCCUGGAGGAGAUGGAGGAAAAGGCGAAGGAGGAAAGGACAAAGAGGCUGGAGGAUGCAUUCCAAGUCAGCGAGGGCAAGGAGACACAGAAACUGAUGUUCUUGAAGUUAACUCGGGAACUCAGCGCGAACAACAAGAUGAAGAAUCCGAUGGCCAUGACGCGGGCUGCCAUAUUGGCACGGGUAUCGGAGCGGAGGAAGUUACGAGAGAGCACUGUCGAAAAUGUGGUAGAGGAUUGGUGGCAAAAACGGGCAGAAGGACAAGCUAUCCAGCUGGAGGAUCUCAACGAACCCAUCUCACCACCAGCGACACCUUCCUGAUGUUUUAAUUAAUUUUACUUUUUUCUUUCUCGGUCACAUGACUCAAUGCUAAGGCGCGUAUUUAAGUUCUUCCAUCAAGUGCAGUAAAGUACCAUGUUUACUCUCUCGCUCUAUGUCGUUC